CUGGUAGUAAGUAAGAUACCAAAAGUUCGGAAAUUGACACCUAGCCCAUUUUGUGUAAUCGGUGUUGAAAGCCGGUACUAUUUUUCAGUGAGGCGCAGUGAUAUCUAGUGGGGAGUGGCGCGGUUUUGGUCACAUGGACCAAUCAGGUAGCAGCUUUAUUCUAACAACAUACCUGCUAUGGCGACGACAACAUCCGAGAGUGAAGAGGAACGAAAGACCUCAAAAGUUAGAAAAAAAGUGCGUAAAGAGGAAAAUAAAAGAUGCUAUAUGCAUCUUUCAUCUGUGAACAAUGAGGACGUCCAGCACUUCACUCGGACACGGUGGGACACAUACAGAAACUAUUUAAAACAGUGGCUUUGUCUGCAAGACCAGAACAAGCAUCUGGCAGAAAUCUAUAAACAUUGCUCGGAUGUAGAUUUUGACGCUAUUCCUGACGACGCUGGGUUUCACGCAACAUGCUACCGACGUUUUACAGAUAAAUCUGCAUUGUUUUAUGCCGAGAAAAGGACCGCACGGGCGGUGGGAGAACCAUCUGCAGCCGCAGGUCAGUCAGCAGGCACGUCUGAAACUCCCCGAAAGAAACUUCGAUCUCGUUCAGGUUUGCCCGUUGCUUCUGCCGGCCCCGUCCUGCCAGCCAUCUGUAUAAUUUGUCAAAAAGUGGAAAAGUACACUCGUGUGGGAGGAAAACGCCAGAGGGAUCAACUCACACAAGCAGAAACCGUGUCGGCAGGCCAGUUGCUGAAGGCAGCUGAGAUUAAGAAAGAUGCUGCCAUUCUUCUGCACAUCAACGACAAAGACUGUGUUGCUAUAGAGGUCCGGUACCAUAGGACCUGUUACAGACAGUACACCAGGUUCUUGUCACUGUCUACAGCAACGCACACUGCAACCAGAGAUGAAGAAAUACAACCCUUUGCUGACAGCUACAACCUCUUCUGUGACCAAGUGAUCCGUCAAAGGAUUAUAAUUGACAAAGAGGUGCUGAGAAUGGACAAGCUAAGGAAGUUGUUCGUGGACACCGUUAAGAAGCACGAAGAUCUUGAUGCUUCAGGCUACAGCAAAUAUGUGUGCCACCUGUAUGGACAGGCAUCUGCCAAAGACGUGAACGAUGCAAGAUACAAAGCAUUCUGUAUGGCAUCGUCAGCUUUGCCAGAACUGUCCAUUCCCCCAACAAGUGAUGCCCUCCACCAACACUGCAAAAGGGCAAACUACCAAGCAGCAGUAAUGCGACAUUCCCUGACUGGUAUGAUGUGUGCCCCUUCACCCAUUGGCAAUGGAUGGUACAUUGAGGAUGGGGAGUUAACAGUAAGAUGGAUGACUAGAAAUCCUGCCCCAGAUAGUGUGCUGCAGGUAGUCCACUGUGGUUGCAAGACAAGCAAAUGUGAAACAGAAAGAUGUUCAUGUAUGUCUGCAAAAAUGUCUUGUACUGAUGUAUGUCACUGCCAGAACUGUGGAAAUGUUUCAAAGGAAACAGAAGAAAGAGGUGCAUGGGAUGAUGACACAGAUGAAAGUGAUAUUGAUGAGUAAUUACGCACCAUGUCACCAUGUAAAAUUUGCCACUUUUGUUUCUUUAUCAAGAUGUUUGAUUAUCGAGAUGCCACACUGCCAUUUUAACGGUAAAGCUUAAAUAA